UUCCUGUGGGAUUUAGCAGAUGUUUUUGAUGCAGCAACACAGGUUUUCGUUGUAGUUUUAUGAGCUAGCUUCUUCCAGCUGAGUUCGUGAGGUCGCAGGUCAAUGAUGACAGCUCACGGUCACUGCUCGUUGAGUGCUGUUUUACUGUGUCUGUGUGCUUGUUUGAGCGCAAAAGACGCUGGACUCGCAGUGAAGCCUGAUGCUGAACCUCAAGUGGAGCCUACUGCUGAACCUCCAGUGAAGCCUGUGGGUGUUCAGCCUGAGCCUCCUUUGCAGCCUGUUGGCGAACUGCCCGAAACUCCAGUGGAGCAUGGCACCGAACUGAAGCCACCAGUGAUGUCUGUUACUGAACUGCCUGUGCCUCCAGUAAAGCCUACCAUCAAACUGCCUAAGCCUCCAGUGAAGCCUGCCACUGAAUUGCCAAAGCCACCAGUGAAACCUGCUGCUGAACUGCGUGACCCUCCAAUGAAGCCUAGCGUAAAACUGCCUGAGCCUCCAGUGAAGGCUUCCACUGCAUUGUCCAAGCCACCAGUGAUGCUGGCUUCUGAGCCUCCAGGGAAACCUGUUGGCGAACUGCCCAAGCCUCCAGUGACUCCUACCACAGAGCCUCAAUUGAAGACUCUCAGCAAACAACCCAAGCCACCAGUGACACCUGCUUCUGAACUGCCUGAGCCUUCAGUGAAGCCUACUGUCAAACUGCCCAAACCUCCAGUGAAACCUGCCACUGAACUGGUAAAAGAACCAGUGACCCCUGCCAUUGAGCCUCAUGUGAAUCCUGUCGGAGAACCACUCGGGCCUCCAGUAAUGCCUGCCACCGAGCCUCCCAUGAAGCCUGUUGGCGAACCCAAGCCUCCACUGAAGCCUGCCACUGAACUGCCCAAGCCACCAGUGACGCCUGCCGCCGAGCCUCCCAUGAAGCCUAUCAGCGAACUGGCCAAACCUCCAGUGACGCCUGCUGCUGAGCCUCCCUUGAAGACUGUUGGUGAACCCAAGCCUCCAGUGAGGCCUUCCACCGAACUGCUCGGGCCACCAGUGACGACUGCCACCGAACUUUCUCCAGUGAAGCUUGCCAGCGAACUGACCAAGCCUCCAUUGAAUCCUGCUUCUGAAUUUCUCAAGCCACCAGUCACAGCUGCCGCUAAGCCUCCAUUGAAACCUGUUGGCGAACUGUCCAAGCCAUCAUUGACUCCUUCCACUGAGCCUCCAUUGAAGCCUGCCACUGAAUUACCCAAGCCACCAGUCACAGCUGCCGCCAAACCUCCAUUGAAACCUAUUGGCGAACUGUCCAAGCCUUCAUUGACUCCUGCCACUGAGCCUCCAUUGAAGCCUCUCAGCGAACUACCCAAGCCACUGGUGACAUCUGCUGCUGAACUGCCUGAUCCUCCAGUGAAGCCUACCUCUGAACUUCCCAAGCCACCAGUGACUCCCACCCCAAAGCCUCCAUUGAAGCCUCUCAGCGAACUACCCAAGCCACCGGUGAAAACUGCUGCUGAACUGCCUGAGCCUCCAGUGAAGCCUGCCAACGAACUGCCUAAGCCUCCAUUGAAGCCUGCCACUGAAAUACCCAAGCCACCAGUCACAGCUGCCACCAAGCCUCCAUUGAAACCAGUUGGUGAACUGGCCAAGCCUCCGGUGACGCCUGCCGCUGAACUGCCUGCACCUCCAGUGAAGCCUACCUCUGAACUUCCCAAGCUACCAGUGACUCCUGCCACAAAGCCUCCAUUGAAGCCUCUCAGUGAACUACCCAAGCCACCGGUGACAUCUGCUGCUGAACUGCCUGAGCCUCCAGUGAAGCCUGCCAGCGAACUGCCCAAGCCUCCAUUGAAGCCUGCCACUGAAAUACCCAAGCCACCAGUCACAGCUGCCGCCAAGCCUCCAUUGAAACCGGUUGGUGAACUGGCUGCAUCUCUGGUGACGCCUGCCGCCGAGCCUCCCAUGAAGCCUGUUGGGGAACCCAAGCCUCCACUGGAUCCUGCCACUGAACUACCCAAGCCAUCAGUGACACCUGCCGCCAAACCUCCCGUGAAGCCUGUCAGUGAACUGGCCAAACCUCCAGUGACGCCUACUGCUGAACUGCCCAAACCACUAGUGACACCUGCUGCUGAACUGCCUGAACCUCCAGUGAAGUCUGCCAGAGAACUUUCCGAGCCUCCGUUAAAGCCUGCAAAUGAAUUGCCCAAGCCACCAGUGAUGCCUGCCGCCGAGCGUCCCAUGAAGCCUGUCAGCGAACUGGCCAAACCUCCAGUGACGCCUACCGCUGAGCCUCCCUUGAAGCCUGUUGGUGAACCCAAGCCUCAAGUGAGGCCUUCCACCGAACUGCUCGGGCCACCAGUGACCACUGCCGCCGAACUUCCUCCAGUGAAGCUUGCCAGCGAACUGCCCAAGCAUCCAUUGAAGCCUGCUACUGGAUUGCCCAAGCCACCAGUCACAGCUGCAGCCAAGCCUUCAUUGAAACCUGUUGGCGAACUGUCCAAGCCUUCAUUGACUCCUGCCACUGAGCCUCAAUUGAAGCCUCUCAGAGAACUACCCAAGCCACCAGUGACACCUGCUGCUGAACUGCCUGCGCGUCCAGUGAAGCCUACCUCUGAACUUCCCAAGCCACCAGUGACUCCUGCCACUGAAAUACCCAAGCCACCGGUCACAGCUGCCGCCAAGCCUCCAUUUAAACCGGUUGGUGAACUGGCCAAGCCUCCAGUGAUGCCUGCUACCGAGCCUCCGUUGAAACCUGUUGGUGAACUCUCCAAGCCUCUGACUCCUUCCACUGAGCCUCCAGUGAAGCCUACCAUCAAACUGUCUGAACCUCCAGUGAAACCUGCCACUGAACUGACAAAAGAACCAGUGACCCCUGCCAUUGAGCCUCAUGGGAAGCGUGUUGGUGAACUGCCCAAGGCACCAGUGACAGCUGCGGCCAAGCCUCCAUUGAAACCUGUUGGUGAACUACCCAAGCCACCAGUGACAUCUGCUGCUGAACUGACCGCAGCUCCAUUGAAGCACGCCACUGAACUGCCUUCACCGCUAGUGAUGUCCGAGACUAAAUUGCCCAAGCCAGCAGUGACUCCUGCCGCAGAGCCUCAAUUGAAGCCUUUCGGUGAACCAUCCAAUCCACUAGUGACACCUGCCGCUGAACUGCCCAAGCCACGAGUGACUGCUGCCACCAAGCCUCCCGUUGAAGAACUGCCGGCACCUUCAGUGAAGCCUGCCACUGAACUUCCCAAGCCACCAGUAACACCUGCCGCCGAGCCUCCUGUGAAGCCUGUCAGGGAACUGGCCAAACCUCAAGUGACGCCUUCUGCUGUACUGGCCAAACCUCCAGUGGCGCCUUCUGCUGAACUGGCCAAUCCUCCAGUGAUGCCUUCUGCUGAACUGGCCAAACCUCCAGUGACGCCUUUUGCUGAACCGGCCAAACCUCCAGUGACGCCUUCUGCUAAACUGCCCAAGCCACCAGUGACACCUGCUGCUGAACUGCCUGCACCUGCAGUGAAGACUGCCACUGAACUGCCUGUGCCUCUAGUGAAGCCUGCCAAUGAACUUCCCAAGCCACCAAUGACUUCUGCUGCAGAGCCUCAAUUAAAGCCUCUGGGUGAACUGCCCAAGCCACCAGUGACCACUGCCGCUGAACUGCCUGUGCCUCUAGUGAAGCCUGCCAAUGAACUUCCCAAGCCACCAAUGACUUCUGCUGCAGAGCCUCAAUUAAAGCCUCUGGGUGAACUGCCCAAGCCACCAAUGACCACUGCCGCUGAACUGCCUCCAUUGAAGCCUGCCAGUGAACUGCCCGAGCCACCAGUGAUGCCUACCGUCAAGCCUCCCAUGAAACCUGUUUGUGAACUGCCCAAGACUGACGGCGAACCACCUCCAGUAACUCCUACCUCCGAGUGUCCAAUGAAGCCUCUCUGUGAACUACCCAAGCCACCAGUGAUACCUGCUGCUGAGCUGCCUGAAACUCCAGUGAAGCCUACCGUUAAAAAGCAUGAACGUCUGGUGAAGCCUGCCACUGAACUGUCUAAGCCACCAGUGACGCCUGAUGCCGAACUGCCCAAGCCACUAGUGACGCCUGCCACAGAGCCACCCAUGAAGACUGUCGGUAAACUGCCCAAGCCACCAAUUACCCCUGCCAUGGAGCCUCCCCUGAAGCCUUUCAGUGAACCUGAGUCUUCAAUGAAGCCUGUCACCAAAUUGCUCAAUGAAGCCAUGAAGCCUGUCAGUGAACUCAAGCCACCAGUGACGCCUGCCGCUGAACUGCCUCCCAUGAAGCCUUUCGGUGAACUCAAGCCACCAGUGAAGCCUGCCAGUGAACUACCUGAACCUCCAGUGACUCCUUCCACUGAGGCUCCAUUAAAGUCUCUCAGCAAACUGCCCAAGCCACCAGUGCCUGAACUGCCUGAGCCUCCAGUGAAGCCUACCGUGAAACAGCCUGAACGUCUAGUGAAGCCUGCCACUGAACUGACUAAGCCACUAGUGAUGCCUGCCACAGAGCCUCCCAUGAAGCCUGUUGUUGAACUGCCCAAGCCACCAGUGACACCUGCUGAUGAACUACCUGAGCCCCAAGUGAAGCCUACAGUCAAACUGGCUGAAACUGUAGUGAAGCCUGCCAGCGAACUGCCCAAGUCACCAGUGACUCCUGCCGCUGAGCCUCUCGUGACGCCUUUCAGCAAAUCUGAGCUUCAAGUGAAGCCCAUCACCAAACUUCCCAAGAAACCAGUGACGCCUUUAACAGAACCUCCCAUGACGCCUGCCACAGAACCUCCUGUGAAGCCUAUCGUUGAACUUCCCCAGCCACCAGUGAGACCUGCCGCUGAACUGCCUCCUUUGAAGUCUGCAGGCAAACUGCCCAAACCUUCAGUAAAGUCUGGCACCAAUCUGCCCCAGCCUCCAGUGACACCUGCCACUGAGCCUCAAUGGCAACCUGUUUGUGAACUGCCCAAGACAUCAGUGACACCUAUUUCUGUACUACCUGAGCCUCCAAUGAAUUCUGCUGGCCAGCCUCCAGUGAAUCCUGCCAGCGAAACACCUGACUAUCCUUUGAAGUCUGCUGAUGAACUGCCCAAGCCUGCCAGUGUACUAAAUGAGCCUCCCAUGAAGUUUUUGAGCAAACUGCCGAAGCUUCUAGUGAAGCCUUUUGGAGAGCCUUCAUUGAAGCCAGCCGCCGAGUUGCCACCAGUGACGCCUCCUGCCAAGCCUCCAUUGAAGCCUAUUGUCAAACUGCCUAAGCCACCAGUGAAGCCUGCCGCCAAGCCUCUAGUAAAGCCUGUCAGUGAACUGCCCAAGACUCCAGGGACGCUUGCCACCAAACCCCCUAAGCUCCCAGUAAAGCCUCCCCCCAAACCUUCAGUGAAAUUUACUGCUGAACUGCCCAAGCCUGCAGUGAUGUUUGCCACCAUACUGCUCAAGCCUCCAGUGAAGCUUGCUGCUGAACACCCUAAGCCUCCAGUAAUGCUUACUGCUGAACUACCUAAGCUUCCAGUGAAGUCUGCCCCCAAGCCUCCAGGGAUGAUUGCCACCAUACUGCUCAAGCCUGCCCUGAAGCCUCCAGUGAAGCCUGCGCCCAAGCCUCCAGUGAAGCCUGCCCUCAGGCCUCCAUUGAAGCUUGCUGUUGAACCACCCAAGCCUCCAGUGAAGCCUGCCCCCAAGCCUCCAUUGAAGCUUGCUGUCGAACCACCCAAGCCCCCAGUGAAGCUGGCCACUGAACCACCCAAGCCUCCAGUGAAGCUGGCCACCGAACCUCUCCAGCCUCCAGUGAAGCUUGCUGCCAAAUCCACCAAGCCUCCAGUGAAGCUGGGCACCGAACCUCCCAAGCCUCCAGUGAAGCAAACCCCCAAGCCUUCAAUGAAACUGGCCACCGAAUCCCCCAAGCCUCCAGUGAAGCUUGCUGCCAAAUCCCCCAAGCCUCCAGUGAAUCAGGGCACUGAACUUCCCAAGCCUCCAUUGAAGCUGGCCACCAAACCACCCAAGCCUCCAGGGAAGCUGCCCACCGAAUCCCCCAAGCCUCCAGUGAAGCUUGCUGCCAAAUCCCCCAAGUCUCCAGUGAAUCAGGGCAGUGAAUUCCCCAAGCUUCCAGUGAAGCUUGCCACCAAAUCCCCCAAGCCUCCAGUGAAGCCAACCCCCAAGCCUCCAUUGAAGCUGGUCACCGAACCACCCAAACCUCCAAUGGAGCUGGCCACCGAGGCUCCCCAGCCUCCAGUGAAGCUUGUUGCCAAAUUCCCCAAGCCUCCAGGGAAGCUAGCCACCGAAUCCCCCAAGCCUCUAGUGAAGCCAAACCCCAAGCCUCCAGUGAAGCUUGCCACAGAACUACUCAAACCUCCAGUGAAGCUGGCCACCGAACCUGCCAAGCCUCCAGUGAAGCUUGUUGCCAAAUUCCCCAAGCCUCCAGGGAAACUGACCACCGAACCUCCCAAGCCUCCAGUGAAACUGACCACCAAAUCCCCCAAUCCUCCAGUGAAUCAGGGCAGUAAACCUCCCAAGCCUCCAGUGAAGCUUGCCGCCAAACUUUUCAAGCCUCCACUGAAGACUGCACCUAAUCCUCCAGAGAAGCUUGCUGCAGAAACACCCAUGCCUCCAGUGAAGCUUGCUGCCAAAUCCCCCAAGCAUCCAGUCAAGCUGACCACCGAACCUCCCAAGCCUCCAGUGAAGCUGGCCACCGAACCGCCAAAACCUCCAGUGAAGCUGGUUGCCAAAUUCCCCAAGCCUCCAGGGAAACUGACCACUGAAUCCCCCAAGUCUCCAGUGAAUCAGGGUAGUAAACCUCCCAAGCCUCCAGUGAAUCUGGCCACCGAACUGCCAAAACCUGUAUUGAAGCUUGCCGCCAAACUAUUCAUGCCUGCACCUAAGCCUCCACCUAAGCCUGCCCUCAAGCCUCCAGUGAAGCUGGCCACCCAAUCCCCCAAGCCGCUAUUGAAGCUUGCUGCCAAACUUUUCAAGCCUCCAUUGAAGACUGCAUCUAAGCCUCCAGAGAAGCUUGCUGCUGAAACACCCAUGCCUCCAGUGAAGCUUGCUGCCAAAUCCCCCAAGCCUCCAGUGAGGCUGGCCACCGAAUCCCCCAAGCUUCCAGUGAAUCAGGGCACCGAACCUCCCAAGCCUCCAGUGAAGCUGGUCACCGAACCGCCAAAACCUCCAGUGAAGCUUGUUGGCAAACCCCCCAAGCCUCUAUUGAAGCUUGCCGCCAAACUAUUCAAGCCUGCACAUAAGCCUCCACUGAACACCCCACCCCCCCCCCCCCCCCAAGCAUCCAUUGAAGCUGGCCACCAAAUCCCCCAAGCCUCCACUGAAGCCUGCCCCCAGUAUAGCAGGCCACUAAACCCCCAAAGCAUCCAGUGA